UCCAAGCCAAGCCAAACCAAACCAAAUCCAUCGGUUCGAAAAAUCCAGAGAGACAGAGACACAGACUUUGCGUGCGAGCCAGGCGACGCCGCUGCAGGGAUGGACGCCUUCUUCUCGACCUCGUCGGCGGCGGCCGGCGGCUGGGGCUACGACUCCCUCAAGAACUUCCGCGAGAUCUCCCCCGCCGUGCAGUCCCACCUCAAGCUCGUUUACCUGACCCUGUGUUUUGCUCUUGCCUCGUCGGCUGUGGGUGCUUACCUGCACAUCGCCCUGAACAUCGGAGGGUUGCUGACACUGAUCGGGUGCAUCGGAUGCAUCGCCUGGUUGUUUUCGGUGCCCGUCUAUGAGGAGAGGAAGAGGUUUGGGCUGCUGAUGGCUGCUGCCCUUCUCGAAGGGGCUUCGAUCGGACCUCUGAUCGAGCUCACGAUAGACUUUGACCCAAGCAUCCUCGUUACAGGAUUUGUUGGAACUGCCAUUGCCUUCGGUUGCUUCUCUUGCGCUGCCAUCAUCGCCAAGCGCAGGGAGUACAUGUACCUUGGUGGUCUGCUCUCUUCUGGCCUGUCAAUCCUGCUCUGGCUGCAGUUUGCCACAUCCAUCUUUGGCCACUCCACUAACAGCUUCAUGUUUGAGGUUUACUUUGGCCUGUUGAUCUUCCUGGGGUACAUGGUGUACGACACGCAGGAGAUCAUCGAGAGGGCGCACCGGGGCGACAUGGACUACAUCAAGCACGCGCUCACCCUCUUCACCGACUUCAUCGCUGUCCUUGUCCGGAUCCUCAUCAUCAUGCUCAAGAACGCAGGCGACAAGUCCGAGGACAAGAAGAAGAAGAAGAGGAGGUCCUGAACAUACCGCUGCUGGUAGCACCACUACUACGUUGGAAAGCUGGUGAAGUAACUGGCGCCGUGUUCAUCACUCUGUUAAUUCGCGUGUGUGUGUGAAUCUGAUGCGAGCUUGAAACCUGUGCUCCUGUUGCGUUUCCUGCGUUGGUUGAAACCUGAUACGCAUUUUGUCAAUGAAGAACAUGGUUUCCGUUGUA